AAAUACAGUCCUAUUGAAACGUGGUAAUAUAGUUUUGUGCUAAAAAAAACUGCACGCAGGAUGGCUUCUGCUUCAGAGGACUCCGUCGCCAUGCAAGUUAGGACAAACUUUGGGAUGAAUGUAUAUUCAAGCAUGAGAGAACUAAGUAAUCUUGAGUAUGAGAGCUGGACAAAGUGGAAGAAUGAUGUUGAAUUAAUCCUGGCAAUGAUGGACUUGGAUCUUGCUCUUCUUGAACCGAAACCAACCAAGUCAACUCACACUCUCACGCCUGAAGAGAAAGCUAAAUGUGAAAAAUGGGAGAGAAGCAAUCGCAUAAGUCUGAUGCUAAUGAGAAACAAGAUGGCUGAUCACGUACGCAGCUUUGUGCCUCAAAGUGAUGAAGCCAAACAAUAUCUUGCUGGCAUAGAAAAUUUGGUUCUGCAAAUUGAGGAGAAGUCAUCUCACAUAUUGUAUGGAAAGUUAACGAAGGCGAAAUAUGUUAUAGGAGAAGGGAAUGUAGGUGAACACAUAUUGAAAAUGUGCAGUAUCGUGGAUAGAAUAAGAGGUUGUGGUGAGAAGAUCUGUGAUGAACUACUUGUACUUAUUGUAGUAUUGUCUCUUCCUUCACAGUUCGAUCAUGUGAAGAAAUCUGCACUACAAAUGGGGUGGAAACUAAAUGAUGUUAUUGCAGAGUGUUCACGAUUGGAGAAAUAUCUUAUACAGGAGAACAGAACAAGUUUAAUAUGAAUGUGUGACAGUGGGGAGUGAUGCUUUUGAACUAUUCAUAUUAACAGGAUUCAUAACUAUCUUUAAUAUAAAUGACAACUUAUAUCAUCAUAUAUUUAAUAGUUAAUGCUUUUUUAUGCAGGGUAUCA